GUGUGCUAUUACACGCGAUCAGAUGCAGAUUGUUAGUCCUAAGAAGAAGAGGCGAAUAAGUGAUAAGAAGAAAGUCGCUAUGAUGUACAAGUUAUCACCUUACGAGGGACUUAAGGCUCCGAGAAACACUGCUGCUGUCAGAGAGUACACAAUGACUUACUGCCAUAAGACGAGCGGAUGAGAUCGAAGUGGUGCUCAGUUGUGUUGGAUUCGUCGGACUGUCAGCAUGACCGUUUAAAGACCAAACUUGUUCGAAGAAAGUGUAGCGAGUUUGUUACUUAUCUCAUCACAGCCAUAUCUUCCGGUGAUAGUAUUAAGUAGAUAAUCAAUAUUAUUGUACCCUAAAUUGGACAGCUAGUGCGAUAGCGUAGUGUGGAUCAAAAUGUUCAACGGAGAAUCGGUUGUGUUCAUCCAGUUAGCACUGGUACUGAUCACUUUGGUACCCUUUUUGAGAUGGCUCAAGAAACGGUUUCAGCUGCAGAAUAUAAUGGACAAAAUUCCCGGCCCCAAGGCUUACCCGGUGGUCGGAACGAUGCACUCCUUCAUUGGAAAGAAGUCGGAAGAAAUAUUCUACAUAAUUGAUGAACGCACCCGUGCCUAUCCGGGAAUUCAUCGGAUUUGGAACGGCUUCACACCGGAGGUGCGAAUUAACAAGGCGGAGUACGUGGAAAAGCUCAUCUCCUCCAGCCGGCACAUCGAAAAGUCAGCGAUGUAUAAAUUUCUAUCGGCCUGGCUCGGUCAGGGUCUGCUAACAUCGAAAGAUGAUCGAUGGUUUCAGCACCGGCGGCUCAUAACGCCCACCUUCCACUUCAACAUACUCGAUGGCUUCUGUGAGGUGUUUGCCGAACACGGUGCACUGCUGGUGGAGAAGCUGUCAGUACAGGCCGGAAGUGGCAAACAACCGAUCAACGUGUACCCGUUCAUCACGAAGGCGGCGCUGGAUAUCAUUUGCGAAACGGCAAUGGGUGUGAAGGUGAACGCACAGACUAGUGGCAUGGAUAAUCCGUACGUUGCGGCUGUGUACGAACUGAGCGCAAUGAUUCAGUACCGUGUGGUACGGCCCUGGCUUCAUCCGGACUUUAUCUGGAAUAGGUCGCGGGCUGGCCAGCAAUACCGCAGAGCACUGGCAGAAGUGCAUGGAUAUUCUAGCAAGGUUAUACGCGAGCGACGUGAAGAGUUGAAGCAACGUCCGGUGAAUGAAGCUAGGGCGGAGAAAUGGGACAGUGGCCGGAAGCGACGGCUAGCCUUUCUAGAUAUGCUGCUGCAAAGCAACGAGCAGAGCAACCUGCUCAGUGACGACGAUGUCCGGGAAGAGGUCGACACGUUUAUGUUCGAGGGACACGAUACGACCACCGCCGGGAUGUGUUGGGCGUUGUUUCUGCUCGCACUUCAUCCGGAAAUUCAGCAUCAAGUUCAGCAGGAAAUUGAUUCGAUCUUUGGCGAGUCGAACCGAGCCCCAACGAUGCGGGAUCUGAACGAGAUGAAGCUGCUCGAACGGUGCCUCAAGGAGACGUUACGGCUCUACCCAUCCGUGUCCUUUUUUGGUCGUACGCUCAGUGAAGACAUUACGCUUGGUGGUUAUCACGUCCCGGCCGGCACGAUUGUCGGUGUGCAUGCGUACCACGUGCAUCGGGAUGAACGGUUCUUUCCCGAUGCGGAAAAAUUCGACCCGGACCGUUUCUUGCCGGAACAGACGGAAAAUCGACACCCGUACGCGUACAUUCCAUUCAGUGCGGGGCCACGGAACUGCAUCGGCCAGAAGUUUGCACUGCUCGAGGAGAAGAGUGUUGUUUCGUCGAUUUUGCGCCGGUUUACGAUCCGGUCAGUAAAGACACGGGCCGAACAGUUAAUACAGCACGAGCUCAUCACUCGUCCGAAGGAUGGAAUUUCGUUGUACUUCGAGCCAAGAAGCGGCGUGAAUGUCAAGCAGGUUUAGCAGUUGCGGUAGGUUUGCGUUGAAAAACAUGGCAUGGGUUCGAUGCGAGUUAUAUAAGGUAAAGUGCUUUGCACAAUUUUGUGUGGGAUCAAAACGUGAUUUUGAGACAAAAUAAUGGCUUGCAUAAGUUAAUUUUGUUUGGAAUGUUGAAGAAUAUAUAUAUUUUGAUCUGUCAAA